CGCGUGUCCAUGGUUGUUAUGGUAACCUGUAACAAUCCGCUGUGUUUCCAAAAUACAACAUUUAUCCCCAUUAUAGCAAUUUAUUUUUCAGUAAUUAUACUCGAUUCAUGUACUAUCUAUACUUAUGGAUACUUUUCGCACAGAAUUGAUUAAAUUUGUGACGUGUAUGGGUGAAAUAAAUGGUUUAUUUUUAUGCGGUCUUCAGCGGCGGAACGACACCGAUUGUUUAGGGUGUUGCAGGUCACCGGCACACACAUGGUAAACAUUGCCCAACUUUAUCUCGCAGUUCUAUUUACCGUUCAGUUUAGAAGGAGCCUUGCCAAAUAAUACCGUUUCCACUGGUUUUACGCAUCGCACGAUAGCAAGAAAUGUUCAGGCACGACAGAGGAACAAUGAAAGUACAAUAAAUGUGAUCAUUUCUGGUGUAAAGUAAGUGCAUUUAGUCAUGGACCUGGUAAUGCCAAUGUGACUGUGUGUGAACUGACAUGACUGAAUGAAGAGUCUACAAAAACUACGAAACAAGAACUAGGGGGCCAAAGACGAGUGCAAAUCUUAUUCUAACAAAAUCCUCCGUAGGAAAACAAAUAAACAAUGACCACAGAAAAUGAGACUCGUCCGACGGAGUCCAAAACGUCACCGCAGACUCGCCCUAGAAUGCUGCAGGGACACUCGGCAGGGACAAUCUUGACAAACCGCUCCAAGAACAUCACGGUCAUCACUCCCUUUGACAAGAGGAGAGGCGAGCCUGCUCGGUCCAUGCGCAAGGGGACAAGAUGGAUGCACAGGACAACUCUGUCGUUGGACGAGAGGGGGUGGAAGAGGGAUUUCAACACAUCGGCAAAAACAGCAUUUGGUGGCAAGGAUUCCUUGGAACCUGCAGAAAGGCCUGCACAGUGCCCUACGCUACACACAUCACAUUUUGAUAUCGGCUGGAAUCAACAGCAACACUUUGGCACUCGCUACGGCAGUGAAUUUGUGGAACGUUCGACAGAACAUCCCAACAGGUUACACUACCCCUCCCUAGCCAACUGGUCCCAUAAUGUGACAGGCCAGGACAUGCAGAAGGUCUUAAGCAGGGACAACAACCAGCUAGACUACUGGACGUCUUAUGGGAGGGUGCACUCCAAGCUAGGACUGGAGAGGGGUGAGGGGGUCCCCCGGCCAGAACAACCCAAGCAGAAAUACGACCUUUUAACUGGAAAAUCCUUAGGUCCAAUGGAAGCCAGGGAUCAGCAUCUGGUGUCUGGAAACAGGGUGCUCCAUUCUGCCAGGAGGGAUGCACAGGACUACUUUGUGUUAGGGUGACACAAGGCUACAAUUCUGAAAUAAAAUAACUAUAGUUUUACUUAAGUUUUUUUGUUUCAGUAUGACUACUUUUUUUCUGCAAUAAUUUGGUAUUUAUUCAACGCUUAUUUACUUUUAACUGUAACACUACAAUAGGCUAUGCAAUAUGGACAUUCCAAAUGAAAAUAUAUCCCAUUCGUAAACACACAGAGACCAAAAGUUUUAAGUGAAGUUUGUUACAUUUUAUAAACCAUUAUCCUGUUUUAAACAACACAACACUUUGGUGGCUUAUCACAAUGUGUAAGCAUAUCUAUUUCCCAUAAUCCCAGAUAAUUGUAAUGACAAGGACCUUGGAAUAAUGUGAUACAUUGUACCCUCAAAUUGUAGCACGGUCUAUAUAAAAUCAUGGUUGGAGACGUAUGCAUAUAAACUGUGUGGUCACAAUGAUACUUAUAGUGAUGGUAUUUUAACACAACUGUGGUAUUUUGUGGUGCCAAACAGCCGAGUCCAAAACUGCUAGUUCAAGGUUGUGGCCUUGAGGCCGGCUCAUGCGAAUGCGAACUUGACGUCACAAACCAUUCGCUGCAAAAUUCGCUGGAGUUCAAAUGUGUUCAAUUUUUGCGAAUUCGCAGCGCGAAUUCUUGCCCAGACAUAAAAAAUUUGCAUUUGCGUUCACAUUCGCACCGAGAAUGAACCGGCCUUUAUGGUAUAAAUUCCUUAUUUUGCUUACUGGAAUGGGACGGUCUGGUACCCGAGGUCGUGUUCUCACUAACCCAUUCUUAUCCCAUCCAUCACAUGUUCUCAACACCUGAACUGUUUGCUGCGUGUCUGUAUCAUGGAAUACAAAUAUUGAUGAAGUAAAUACAGAACUGUGGUUCAGUUAUCCCAGCAUUAGCAGAGACGUUGUGCCAAUAUUUGCUGUGGAGCAGUGACACCCCAGCAAUCCAUCCACUGAAGAUGAAGUGCGCCCUCGUUCAUUUGUGAAGAGCACUUCAUUGGUUCAGUGGUUGCUAGGCUAUGCAUGGGACCACUGCACAUCAGCAUUGGUUGAACACAAAUAAUAAAUGGAAGAAAUACUAUUGAAAUUGUAGUCAAUGCAAUGUAGAUUUGAGGGAAAUGCAGUAAUUUCGCAGUGGGUAUCUGUACCUGAACCUAGGCAGGAUUUAUGACACACAGAAAUUUGUUUAAAAAUAAGAAAACUUUUUUAAAGUUUUACACUUUUUAAUUUGUAUCAUGCUUGUCCUGGAAUAUAUUUGGAUGGUUUCAAAACCUAAGAACACAUUCAUUCUUUUCUUAAAAAUGCUUGUGGAAAAUGAAAUCUUUUUUGUUUGUGUAUAUUUCCAAGGUUUUUUACUCUAUGCAUCGUAUCAUGCAGAUACAUUUGUACAUAUUUGUAUGUAUAUAUUUUCUUAAUGCAUUCUUUAUUGUGUCUGAAUAAAGUAUUUGAAAAGUUCAAAUUUAUGAAUUAUUUUACGUA